AUGAAAAACAGCAAACUCAAGACAAUAGCAACAACAACAACAACAACAACACCCCAAAGAACAACAUCAAACCAACCAUCCUCAUCAUCAUCCUUCGGCGUAGGCGAUCGAGUAAAAUGCUCAAACUCAAUGGUAGGCAUCUGUCGAUUCAUCGGAACUAUCGAAUCAAAACCUGGAAUCUGGGUCGGAAUCGAUCUCGGACAAGACCAAGAGAAUGAGAAUGACCCACUCCAACCAUCCUGGCAUGGCAAGGGCAAAAACUCAGGAUCAGUGAAUGGGGGUCGUAUACUUCCAAUGAUCAUUGAACUCGAGAACCUGGUCGAGCAGAACAAACUCCAACACUCUGAACUUGAGAAUCAACAUCUCCAGAAAUCUAAAGAGCUAGAGAGAGAACUUGAAAGCUCAAAAGAAUCAUUAAAACAAGCUGAAGAGGACAAACUAGUCCAACUAGAGAAACUCAAGGAAGAACUCAACCAAAACAACCAACUCGAACUCAACCGUUUCCAAGAACAGCUAACAACCCUGAACGAAUCCUUACGGCUCAGUCAAGAGGCAUCAACCCAACAGUCACUACAGUUCGAAAAGGAGAAAGCCGAACUUCAGAGUCAACUCAACCAGCUCAGAUCAGCCGGUCAAUCACUCUGUGGAGUUUAUGAGAACAAGAUCUCGGAUCUCGAAGCAUUAAGAUUAGAUCAACUACAUCAAUCCGAGUUGAUUGCAGAAGAACUCAAGACAACCAAACUGACACUAGAAGAGUUACAGAAAGCUCAACUAAAUCAAACCGAAAUCAACAAAUCAUCCCUAUCACGAUCGACUAGCUCACCUAACCAUCUCGAAGCUGUCGAGAUCGACAAUGAGAGCUUGAAAGCUGACCUCAAGUACACUCAGGAACAACUCUCGGAAGUACAGGAUGAGGCUUAUCAACUAAAGCAGGAGCUGGCCAGCGAACGCGAGCUACGCGAGCAACUCAGUGAAACUCAUGACCAAACUUUACAGCAACACAUCCUCAGCGUCAAGGGUGCCAGGGAGGAGGCUGCCAUGCUCGACAAGGAGAAGGCGGAGACUCGCUUGAAGGAAACUUUGGAGACCAUGGAACAGGAACGGGUCGAACUCGAAGGUUUGAGGGCCGAGAUCUUGGCAUCCUCAUCCCAUCCGCAUCCCUCGCAACUCUCCCCGCGUCUGGGCAGAUCCGAAAACAACGACAACGCAACAGUGACUAAUACUGCUACCGGAGGAGGAUCGGAACGCUCGAUACAAGUGAGCAAGAGUAGCUCGAACUUUAGACAUGAUCAACUAGAAUCAGAGUUGAAGGAGAAGCAAUCGAGGAUCGAAUUCCUCGAGGCUCAACUCAACCGAAACUCCUUCCCAGAACAAUCCAAGCCGAGUCUCGAUACUACCAAUCAGACCGAUAGUCAGCCGAUCAUGGACCAAGAGAAGAUGCUAGUGAUUCAAAAGUAUCAAAGGCUAUUGUUGAUCAAGGACGAAGAGAACCUCAAGCUGAUCAGCAAGCUCGAGGAGCUUGAAGAGCAACUCGAGCUCCACCCCAAAUCUCGUUUCCACAACCUCUCGCCCGCCCGAGGCGCGACGAUCGGGCACGAGCACUCCUCGCCCAGGUUACGUCACAAGACCAGUACCCAAUCGCUUUGGAGGGACGAGUCUUUUAAUCGCAGCCCCCGGCCGGGCGUCAUGUCCCGCUCGAUCUCCUGCAAGGAGGUUGACGAAAGUAACGCGGCCAAGGAGCUCACCAAGGCAAACCAACAAAUCAUAGGCUUGAAGUUGAUCGCCCGUCAAUCGGACGAUGAACGUGCCAAGUUUGAGAAAGCCAAUCUCGAAUUAAAGCAAGAGAUCGAAGAACUCAAACAAGAUAAUCGGUUGUUGGAGCAAAAACUGGCCCAGUUGAUUAAGUCGGGACAAUUGAAGAUAGGCUCUAACCGGAUUCGGUCUGAGACGAUUGGGCUGAGUCGGAAGUACUCAGUCCAAGAGCUAGGGAUCGAAAACGAGAUCGGCUUACUGAGUGAGAUCAGCAACCAACAGAAGCCAUCGGGUCCGGCAUCGUCGACAACAACGACGACGACGACGAUGACCAACAAUGAGGGCGACCAUCGCCCGCACCAGCUCCAGACCGGAGAGGUCAUCAUCGGCGAUUAUAAGAAGGUUAAGAAACUCGAGCUCGAGAUCGAUCAACUCAAGAGUCAGCUGGCCUUCCUCGAACAGAAACAUGGUCGAGAGGUGGCAGCACUCAAUAAAGAGGUGAGCGAACUGGAGAGUAUCAUCGAGAGCAAGAUCUUCCAGGAGGAAGAACUGGAAGAGGAAAUCAAGCGGCUGAACGAGCGACUGAUUCAAUCGUCGCCGGUGCGAGCACACGAGCGGCCGCAGUCGAUGAUCGGCGGCUCGCCGGGAACUGAGCUACAACGACGGGGGACGAAGGUGUGGCGUCGACGGACGCUGGAGCUAGGCCAGCAAGCGGCGUUAUUGCCAGCGACGGGGGCCAGCCAUGCACCGAGCGGACGGGCCUCGAAGCGCUUCUCGGCGCUCUGCGGGCUCCAGGAGGCCGGUCAAGAGCGCCCCGGAUUCGACGAGUUUGUCGACGACCGCCGUUUCUACGCUGAUGCCACGUUGGUCGAGGAAGAGGAACCCGACGAAGACCGGCCUGAAUCCGAGCCAGCUGUCUCGGCGCCCGAACUCGCUCGCACCCGGAUGAUCGUCACUGAUCAUGAUGCCGAUGAUCACCAUCACCAUAACGAUUUGGCUUGCGUCGGAGAUCAAGGAUCGCUCCAGACCCAGCGGGUCUAUUUUCCUUCGGUAGACAAUCCCGUGAAUGAUGACGAUCUUACUGACAACCAUCAUCUAACUGAAGAAGACGAUGAUCAUAUUCAUCAGCAGAGAGGCCAGACCCAUUCUUUUGCUUCUCCUGACAACAACAACAACAUCCACAAUGAUGAUGAAGAUGAUGAAGAUGAAGAAGAUAAUGAGCCGUGCGAACUGUGCGACCAACACGGCCACCAACUCGAAACUUGUCCCAUCUUCUCCGUCGACUCUUGAUCCCCCCCUUCCUUCUCCCCCUUUUUUUGUGUUUGAAAUCUUUUAGAAAAAAGAUCUCGUCGGAUCAGAGACUAGCUGUCUCUUGUAUGAACUUGUUACUCUCUCUCUCUGUCUCUCUCUGUGUGUGUGUUUUGGUUUACAAUGUAUGUAUUGCAUUUCCAUUUCUUGUUUAUUAUUAUGAUGAUCAAGAAAUUUGCGGUCUUUUCUCUCUCUCCCUUUCUCUGCUCAUCUCCAUAUCUCUUUCUCUUUCAGUGUUUCCCUCUCUUUUUCUCUCUCUUGCCCACCUCUCUUCUUGUUUACCAUCCCUUCCAAUACUGCUACACUACAUACACAACCCUCUCUCUCUCACACACACAUAUCCUCCCCCCUUUUUCUUUUCUUUCUUUCUUCUGUCUUUUUUUUUUUUGGUUGGUUGGUCUUGCAGGGUUUCUGUGCACAUGCUUGGUCUCAUAUCACUUAUUAUACGCAUCAAUGAUUUUUCUCUUUUUUUUCUUUUUCUUUGGUUGGUUGCUUAGUUUGAUUAUUUUAGAGGCAUGAAAUGGAAUUCCACAUUGAUGUGUUUUUGUGUAUGAUGGAGAUGAUUGAUUGAUGAUGAUAAAUAGAUCAAAUUGGAAUCAACACACUUAUCUAUAUAUUCC